GUUACAUUGUAGCGGAAAGAAUGUCGGAAAGGGCCGAGGAUGACGUCAGAGGGGAGCAGCGCCGAGCGCCCAGGCAGCAGCUGAAGCAGCAGCAGAUCCAGCGGGGAGAAGGCUCCACAGCAAUGGCGACUGUUGCGGAGCGGAGAUCCAUGCCGAGUCCAGAAAUAAUGCUGGGACAGCCUUGGAGCAGCUGGGUCGACGCUGCCAAACUCCACGGAAACGACGGUGCUGAAUCAGAGGAAAGUUUCAAAGACUUCGGGAAAAAUCGAGAAGCCAUGCGUCUGAGCAGAGAAGACAUGCCCAUAUUUGGUCAGUGCCCUGCACAGGAUGACUUCUACCUGGUGAUGUGCAGCCAGUGCAGCCAGGUAGUCAAGCCCCAAGCCUUCCAAGCACACUAUGAGAGAAGACACAGUUCUACCAGCAAGCCAGCCUCCACCUCACCCUUCCCUGUGCCAGGCAGGAGUCGGAGCAGUGGGACUGGACUUGGUCCUGGGUUGGGCACGGGAGCUGUACCUGGACUUGGGAGUGGAGGUAUUCUUGGCCGACCUUCCAGCGCUGGAUCCAGCUUGUCAUCCUCUUCAGCAUCCUCCAAUUCCAAACUCCUCAAACCAGCCAAAGAGAAGCUGCCAAACAUGCAGCGAAGACCCCAUUUCCCCCCCUUUAGGGUUCUGCAGCCCGAGAAGAUCCUCACCCCUGCUGUCAAGGUGGAGAAGAUGCAUCUGAAGGUUGACUCUUCAGCUAAGCUGGUGCAGACUUCCUCUGCUCCUGCCACAUCAACAUCCUCCUCUUCAAGCACCACUGUGAGCUCCAGCACUACCACCAUCACCACUUCAUCCUCAUCGACCCUAAAACCAGGCCUUAACUGUCCCUCCAUACCAAAGCCUUCACUAUUGGCCCCAGGCCAGAUUCCUAAUGGCAAGGGCCACCUGUCAGCCCUCUCAGAGAAGAAGCAGGACAGCAGCAGUACAAGUAGCAGACGCCAUCUGUCCAAGAAACUGUCAGAACGAGAGUUCAAUCCAGAUAUCCACUGUGGUGUUUUGGAUAUGACAGACCGGAAGCCAUGCACACGAUCGCUGACAUGCAAGUCUCAUUCCCUCGGCCAGCGGAGGGCAGUCCCUGGGCGAAGGAAACACUUUGACGCAUUGCUGGCAGAGCACAAGAGCAGAGCAAGGGAGCGGGAAAGGGAGCGAGAACUCCACCAAACUCAUUCUCAGCAAAACCCCCCUCUCAGGGACCCACACCCCUCCUCCCAUCUCACCGCUGCCCAUGAUGCCCACCAGGUGGCUCAGGGCAACUGUCCUGUCCCAGAUGCCACUAAUCCUUUGACACUUGGCAAGCCUAAAUUUCACGGUCCUGGUCUUCCCCGAUUAAACAGCAGCCAUGGAGGUGGUACCCCUGGAGACUCUGCUGUGGUGCACGAGCCACUACACCAUCCCUCUACUGCCGCUGAUGGUGUUUCUCGACCCUCCAGUGACGAGGGAGAAAACGAGGAACGGGAGGAUAAUGCAGACAAACUAGACUGUCACUAUUCAGGUUAUCACCCACGUCCGGCAGCUUACUGUACCUUUGGAAGUCGACUGUUUGGAAGAGGCUGCUAUUCCUUUGACCGGUACUGGGACAGAGUGCGUUGUGCUUUAACCACCAUGACAGACAAACAUGUCAACUCACAAAUGUGGAAGAAAAUCCCAUUGGCCUUGGAGAACACUUCCUCCAUUGUUCCUACCCAUAGGACAAGCACAAAUUCCCAUGGUAGCGCUCCCUCUUCAGGCUUCCUGGGCCCCCCUGCCACUUUGUCCCAGACUCCUUAUAAUCAGUCCUAUGAGGGCAAACCUCUGCUUUCUUAUGGGACCACCUUAAAUGCCCGCAGCUCCCCGCAAGGUGUGGCUGAGCACCCGGCCUAUGGCACCACGCAGGCCCGACAAGUGUCUUCGUCGCCGCAAAUGCCUUCAGCCCACUUGUCCUCUUCCUCGGCUCCUUCCUUACCCUCAGGCCGGCCAUUCAAGUCCCGUUCCUCCAGCAGCACCGUCAAGCAGUUGUCAUCCUCCAGGCCGAAAGAAAUCUCCAGUUCCUCCAUACCUGUCAUUCCCAACUCUACUAGUGGGGGCACCAGUGGAGCCAACAGUAACAGCAGCAGCAGUAGCUUCAGUUUGGGAAAGAAGAGAAAGAACAGCUCUGUUCUCUCUUCAUCCCAUGGUUCCUCUGAAUCCUCCUCUUACAACGCCAACCAGUCCUCCUCCUCUUCCCCUUUCAAGAAGAACUGUGCAAAUGCCGGAAGCUCAGGGAGCGCAUACCACCACAGCUCGCUAGGUCCUUCUUCCUCGUUAUCAUUAUCCUCCUCCCACAGUGGUGUCCACAGUGUGGGUAUUAACUGUGGCCCCAGUGUGCGGACCAAUUCUCUCAGCCUCAAGGCUGAAUCUUCUGGAAGUUCAGCAGGAGGCUCCUCAGGCCCCCUUGCACGAGGUCCACCUUCGGGUAGCCCUGCAGAGUCUAUUAAACGCAUGAGUGUAGUGAUGAACAGUAGUGACUCCACACUGUCCCUGGGCCCUUUUGUCCACCACCAGUCCUCAUCUGACCAUCAUGGCAAUUUUAGCCACCACUCUGUAGAUGGCCGCUUGGAAGGCAAGAAGCGCAAAAGCUCUCCUGCCUCCAGCACUAUUAAUAGUGGAGGUGGGGGAGGAGGGCUUGGAGGAGGAGGGGGAGGGGCACCUGGUAGACCCAAGGUGACCAAGUCGCCUGCUAUUAACAACAUUCAUGGGAAGCACGGGCGGAGUAUUCCAGGGACACCAGGGCUACCUAACAACUCACAUUUACAUCAGCCAAAGGCUCGUCCCUGACAGUGGUGUCUGGCUUCAGUGUAUGGAACCGGCAGGCGGACGGGGAUUGGUCCAGAGCGGUCCGCAUACUGCUCUGGACUGCACGAGGCCUUCUAAAAUCAAAACCCACAUUACUCUCAGCUUCCCACAAUCCUCAGGGUGGAGAUGAUCUGGACUGCCCAGUGAAGUCAAUGUGGUCCUUAUUUUUUCUCCCAAAGCCAUGUGUGUAUGUGUGUGCGGGUGUGAAGAGGUGGGGGAGAUAUUGCACUGUAUGGGGACAGGCAAGGCAUGGAGCACUACAAGUCUGAGUAAGCCAAGACACCCCCCUCCCCCUCCCCCAUGCAAGUGUUGUCCCAGUAUUCUGAGAGGUCUUCCUGUCUGCUUGGAAGAAGUAGGAACAAUAACAGCCAUGGGUCUUUUGAGCUGUGGCUCAAAGCUCAGUGGGUUCAGGUUAUUCACCGCAUUGACCCUGAGCAGCUCGGGAGACAACAAGCCAAUUUCUUCCUCGUUUGUUAAAGAAUGAGCGCGUGAAUGUGCGUAUGUGACUAUUUUUCUUGUCAGAUUCUGCUGGACUACUGGAAUUUUCGACUUUAUUACACCCCCAGCGCCUGAUCUCAGAAGCCUUGGAAAGGAGAACAGGAGAAGCAGGAAACUGUUAACUUGCAACACUUUAAAUAACGCUCAGUCACCCUCGUUUUCUGUUUCCAUUGGUUUGAGUCUUGGGCCGUGCUCAGAAACCUGCGGCUACAUGUAGUAACCAGAGAAGAGCCAAUCGGAACGGUCUGGUCGUUUUGUUGUCACUCACAAUAAUUAUGCAAGUGUUACCUUUUUAUGAUUUCUUAGGAGCUUUUUACACUGAACUACAGAGUCUUUGUAGACCUGAUGGAGACAGUCGUGCUUUUAAAUGUGAAAAGGAUGCCUGAUGUGCCCAUGCGAGUGAAUUGUUUGUCAGAUAGGCUUGUUAUUUUAUGAACCUUUAGAUUGUGCAAAAGGGUUACAUGCCGUCGGUUCAAUCCCAAUGGCGAGAGUCGCUAAACUACCACAGGCACUGCUUAUUUGCCCACAAAGCCAGGUGAUGAGCAGUUUUUGGUUGUGAAGGUGUAAUGCCUCUGGUGAUGAAAAGAAACAUUUUUCUUUUUUUUUUUACUGCAACUCUUUCAGCAGUGUUCUAAAUUAUUUGCAGUCAACUGUAAACUCCACAGUUGCCAACCAAGUCAUAUGAUACAAUGCUUAACUGGAGCAAAUCUAUACACAUCAACCAUGUGUGUCCAUUUUGUUUGUAACCACUACUCAAACUCUGGAUGUUAAUGUUGGACCAUUAACACUAAUGUGUUGGUGUAGACGUGAGGAUUGUCCUCACAGAAUGGAUCGCCAGGCAUUGCACUGUUUCUUUGUCAAAAUGGAGUCUUAAAUCAGGCAAUAUUGGCCCGUCGGAUUGGGAUGUUUGCUUAUUUUGAGCACUCUCAACUGGGUUUUAUGGUGCGAGAUUCAUGGAGAUGGCUUCACAAGAUGCAUAGUUUUAGCAACACAUGCAGAUUUUAUUACUGAACUUCCACUGAUGUCAGAUAGGGUAGAGAAAGUUUAAAAGAAAAAGCUUGAUUUUUUUUUUUUCUUUCCUUUUAGCUUACGUAUCAAACAAGUAUGGAAGUGUCCCUAUUUGAGAAUACAUAUUUUGUUAACAAAUUGUACAUAGGGAAAUAUGUAUUUUUGCACAAGCAUUUUUCAUACGUGCUGACUUUUGGUACAAUUGUUAAAAGUGAUUUAUUUAGUAAAGAUGAAAUCAGAGAACUUGUUUAUUUGAAGUGGUUCACUGCCAAGUCUAUAUAAUGCAAUACACCUAUACAUAGAAGUUGAAGCAUCUCAUGAAUCGUGUACUGAGGUCCUUUAUGGAACAAAGGUGAAGUGUUGUCACUGUAGCAUGUCUGUAUGACAAAGGAUACCUUUAUUCACUUUUCAAGGUCUCAAUCACAUGUGCUUUUACAAGGGUUUCUUUUUAACUAUUAUUUUUAUGUUGCCUAAGAAUUAACACAAAAUGUGACCCACUUAGCCUGUGAUUUUUGAAAUGUCCUGCAGGCUUGACGCUGUGCCCAUUUCCACUUUGUAGAUGUAACCUCUUAUGUGCAUCUGAUGAUUGAAAGACGUUUGUUCUUUUUUCAAGAUUAAAAAGACUUAAGUCAUUCUAAGGACAAAGGAACAUUUCAAACAGUCUUGAAUCAUCAUUGCCAAACAAGUAAUUUGAAUAACAGCUUUUAAAAGGGAAAAAAAAAAAAUCAAAUUUAAGAAGUGCCUGAAUUAGUUUCACCCUGACUGUUGAAGGACAGUAUUCUUAGGGUUGUUUUACUUUUACUUGAAUGUUAAGUGUUUGGAAUUAUUCUGCCUAAAUGUGGUAAAAACUGAGCUAGUCAGCUUCCCAGUAUGAAACAGUUAGUGUUGCGCAUUUUGGGAAUUUACCCAAAGUUUCCAGAGAAGACGUCAAAAUUGUUAACCUCAGUGUCUCCAGCUUAAAUCCUCUGGUUUACUGGGAUUUAUAUGUAAAACCUUCAAGUGUUUUGUUUACCCUUAAAAUCCACUGACAUCUUUACAGUUUUCCAAAAGAUAAAGACUGGAAGGAUGUGUUCUUUUAGCACCAUAGACUUGGAAUGUGAAAAGAAAGCAUACAGCUUGUUUAUCGGAGGAAAAUAAAUCCACCGUUCAUGUUAUGUAAAGGUGUGUAUAGAUUUUUUUUUUUUUUUUUUUUUUGGACACAUUAUCAAGAUCAUUUUCAGCUGGACUUAUGUAUUGGCUGCUAUGUAAUUCAUGAACAAACAUAGGCUAGAAUUAAUAUUUAAAGAGAAAAGAUUGUAUAGUAUAUUUGUUUUGUAACAAGUUUCUGUAAAUAAAAUAAUUUAUACUGCUAUUUAUAUGAAA